UAAAUAUUUGUAGUGACUGUUGAUUGUUUACAGUGAUUUAUUUACUCCAUUUCAACAAUUAUUUAAUACACAUUUCGAAUUCUAUCUUGUUCCAAUAAUUGAUCUAAUAUCAGUUUUUCUAUGAUAUAUUUUUUUAAAUUUUAUUAAAGUUAUUUCAAUGCCAUGAAAAUCAUAGUUUUUAUAAACAUAAAUUCUGCAUCAAACAAAAUUUUAUAAAUAUCUAUUAUUCAUUUAUUUUUUGUAAUAUUUAAUAUUUGAGUAAUUUUACUUUAAUGCAUCAUGACUCCAGAUUACAAUAAGCAAGAAUGUCCGACCACAUUAGAAAGUAUUAUCACAGCUAUAAAAAAAUACAAUGGCAUUCGGUAUCCCUUUUAUCGAACAGCAGCAAAAGUGCAAAUCUUACAUCAAAAGCUGUAUAUGCAAUAUGUAUCACUCGAAUUUGUUAUUGGAGUAUUUGAGAGACAUAAAUUAUCAGUCACAGAAAAUUCAGUCACGUUAGAUAGAUCAGAGGUAGAAGACGUCGUAUUUGAUAUUUAUUAUGCAGCACAGAAGAAUGCAAAUGCCACAUUUGAUUUGAAUGCAUCUACGGAAUUAGCUGUUAAUGUUUUAUUACAUGUGUUCGAUAACAAAGACAAAGUAUCUGUAUUCUCUACAAAAGUUUUAUUGACUUUAUUAAGCUGUGGUAGUUUACACGACAAAUAUGAAUAUUUAUACAAACUGUUGGCAGAUCACAAUGCAUGUUUAUCUAAAUCAUCUUUACAUUUAUUGUUAAUGAAUAUCUGCAAAGUAACUGAAUUUCUAGGAGAAAGUGUAGCUUAUGGCAGUCAUCUUGUCCAAUCAACAAUUGACAGUUGUUUUGCAGAAUCACAAGGUUGUCUGGGCAUUAGUAAAGUAGAGUUAAGAAUGUGGUUAAUGCGAGAUCCACCUUUACUCGCAUGGAUUUCAACAUUUAAUCGAUUAAAAUUAGCAGAAAAUGUCGUUCACAAUAUAAAGUGUUCUUCAUGUAAAACAACGCCAGUACGUGGACCACGAUUUUCAUGCAUGAGAUGUGUGAGAUAUCAUCAAUGCCAAACUUGCUUCUUCUUUGCAAAAACUUCACAUAAACACAAAAUAAAGCACCCAGUAAAAGAAUACUGUGCAGAGACAUCCAUCAAAACUGCAACAAAGCCAAUAGUAAGUCUUUUUAAAAAUAAAUUGAAAUUAUGUCCAAUUCAAACAACACAACAGAUUGAGACAUCACUAUCGGAUACAAUAUUUUAUUCGAGUGACAAAGAGAAUACUUUUGACACAAUAUCUGAAAUAAAUACAGCUGUAAAAAGAAAAGUAAAAAGCGAUCCUCAUAAAGAACUUUCAAGUAUAAUUAAUCAUCUGGAAGAAGAAAAUAAACAACUUCAAGCGGAAUUGAAAGAAAUUUGUGGUAGCAGAGCAGAACGAUUGCAGCAGCAUCGAAAAACUGUUGAAGCACAGCUGCAACGACUCAAGAUAUUAAAGAAAUGCUUAUUUCAUGGAAAACGAUCUUCUUUUCCACAAACGAUGAGAUGUGUUCAAAGUACACCUUUGAUUGCGCCAUUGCACCAAAUGCCAUCAGAAUCGCGAUUUCUACCACUGCCAGAAUUUCAAUUGAGUCCUAUUAAUCAUCGUAGAAAUACUUCACAAGAUUCAAUUAAAAUAAAUGGGAAUGAUUCUGAUCCACCAAUGGAAACUAGAAGCAUAAACCACAUCCAAAGAUCACCGGUAGUUUUACCAUCAUCACCACAAAUCGAAUUGAGUACCUGGAUUGGAGGUAAUCGAACGAAUAUUGACUUUGAUGAAGGUCGAUUCUCACAAUGGCUGGAUCCUAAUUCUGAGAAUACAAGACAAUUUAAACAAUCAGAAUCACGACAGAAUAUUAUGAAGUAUCAUGAUGAUUCUAAUCUUGAUUUUUCCCGAGAUAAUACACCGUCUUCUCUUCAACGUCCUGAUAGACAUUCACAGCAUAGCAGUCUUCAGAAUAUUCAAGGAGAUUUAAAUGACAUUUUAAAUCGACUUCAGCACAUGGUUGCUAACGAGUGUUUGUUGGAAGAGUCUUUGAGUGCAAGUGAAAAUUGUGAAUUAAAACGUGCUGCCACCCAAAUGGAAGGUCUUUUGACAGACUUAUUGGAAGACAUGGAGUCUCAAAAAUGCAGAUUGGCAACAGUUGUUUGAAAUAUUUUUAAAAAAUGAUUUAUAAAUUAUACGAAUUUUAAGGAUUUUUUAUAUCUUUAAUAAAAUAUUAAAAAUA